UAAAUGAAUUUACAGUCUAGCAGUGUAAUCAGUCACUGUUACUGCUGUACCGUAGUGCUGAGUUAGAUUGAUUUACCUUCUGAGCUGCAAGUCCUGAGACAGACCCAUCAUCCACCUCCGAGGACAGCUGCUAGAAGGAUUGAGAAACUAUUCACUAUGCAAUGAGAGGCUGAUCUGCAGAACUCAUAGAUGGACGCAGAUGGGUGUGUGCUAGAGCAGAGGGCUCCUCUCUGUCACACUGGAUGAGUGCUGAAGUGUAAUGUGAGCCUGCAAUACCCCCUGACAUGGCUGCAACACACUGCCUUGUGUUUUUAAAGAAAAUAUUUCUCUUGAGUUGGUCUCUGAUCCAUGUUCAUCUCUGGGAGACUCUGCAGCAAGAAACACCCAAAGAAGGAGCGGAAGCUUCCUCCUCAGCCUUGCUGGCAGCGCAUCUGACCUGAUCAUCAUGGAGGAUGGGGACCAAACAGCAGAGGAGAAGGAAAAGCAGAGCCCUUAUAUGCUCUUUUUGCUGGUAUUAGUCUUCUUCAUAACAGGGCUUCUCGGCUUCUUGAUCUGCCAUAUCCUGAAGAAGAAAGGUUACAGAUGCCGCACGUCACCGGAGGAACUGGAUGCUGAGCUGAAGGAGGAACUGAAUAGUGACCAAGACAAUGCAGAUGAAAUCUCUAAUGAAGACACUGUAGAACGUAUAGUUAAGUGCAUCAUUCAGAACGAAGCAAAUGCAGAAGCGCUUAAGCAGAUGUUGGGGGAAACAGAAGGAGACGUACCGAUUGGCCCCAGUUUAUGCCCACACCGCGAAAGCCAGGAUGCCGGACCUCCUCACCACCACACAGUACACCUUCGGUCAGCCCAAGCUCCCUGCAUGCACUGUUCCCGCAAGAAACGGAGUCUGCUACACCGUAUGGGACGGUCAAAGGACAGCAAAGGAAAGUCGCAUCCGGGGGAAGUCACAGUAUUCUCUGUUGGAAGGUUUAGAGUUACCCACAUCGGAAAGAAAUCCAGCAUUCAAGGGUCACAGGAUGAUCCAAACGUCUGCAGUGAGACCUUCUCUUCUGACAAAGAUCCUGAAGAGCAGCAGGGAACAAAGCCUAAAAAUGGUAUUUCCGUUCAGUUUGGCCAAGGGACACUGGAGCUGUCCCAGAAUGGACCAGAAGCAGUGCCAGUAGAUAAGUCACCGGUCAGAAAAGAUGCUGAGAUCAAGCUGGCCGACAGCAAUGGACUGAAGCACUUGGAGGGCAAAGCCGGAAUAAAAUUGACAAAGGGCAAAGGAACCAAAGAUAGACGGAGUAGUGCUCCGGAGCAAACAGCGGCCCAGCGGGAGAGGGUAGAUGUGCUUCAGCUCAGAGGACGGGAACAGCAGAAAGGGAAAAAUACAGACGCAGCAGGAAAACAGGCCAACAAAGAAGACUCCUCUUGAGACCAAUUCCAUUAAUUUCUCAAGCGCACGCCUCAGGCAACUGACACGUUAGACGUUAAAGGGAAGACAAAGCUUCGUCUGUCCAGUGGAGAGUGAAAUGUAGAAGAGCAAGAUGACGCUCUACGUGAGUGCCAGAUCAAAGACGAUGCCAUUGUAGCAAGUACAACAAGUGGAGGUUCUCUUUGUUUUUCCUCUUGGAAAGGACAUAUAAGGCCAGAGACCUUUUAGGAUUUUUAAAAGGAAGUGAUCACUGUUUUUUUGUGGUUGCAUACCUCUCAGUGUAUAUAUUUCCCUAUAGUCCACUGUUACUCACUUAUAUAAGAGCUAAGUGUCUGUGCAUCACCAGUGCUUUCGAAUCUUGGUAGUUGGCCAGGAGAUGACUGUGCGAAGAAGACCGUGAGGCUAUAAAUGUACUGUCCACUAUUGCACUCAUCAUUCAGUCCUAAUCUGUAGUGUCCUUCAGUGCAUCAACAGUAUUCAGCUAUUUAUCACUGUGAGUGAAUGCAGUGUAUUCCCUCAGUAAUGCCAGGCAGUCAUCCAGCUUUUUUGAGAUAUUGCAUUUAGAACAUCAGAGCUUCCCAAAUGUCCUCACGUUCAUUUUAUCUUUUAUAGGCUGUGAAGACAGACUUAGGAAUUGUAGCAGGCAAUGCAAAUUUGUAGUAUACCCAUGAACAUCUUUGUAGGGAGUUCUAGUACGAAGGUUUAAAGGGCUUAUCAGGCUCUGUGCUUUCCCACCAUAUCAACCAGUGGAAGUCUCAAACUUGGGGGAAAAUGUAUCAAACCAUCUAAAGAUCACAAGUGAAUGCGUUGCCCAUAGCAAACAAACAUUCUAAUAGUGUAUAGUAUAUUCUAUAAAAUGAUAGUUAGAACCUGAUUGGUUGCUAUGGACAAUGUUUGCUUUAGAAGGUGUGAUACAGCUCGACUCUAGGCUUACUUAAUUCCCCAACCUGAUUUGGAUUAAUUGUUCCAAUUGUAAUAUAACAAAUAAUUUUCACGUCUACAUGGUGCCCCAAAAAAAUAUGGGGAAACAAUCAUAGGGGUCAUUCAGUUACCUGUAAAGAGCGUGAGUUGUGGUGUUUCCCGGCAUUGCAACUCGCACCCCUUCUGUCCUGGACUUGCACAUUUUUGCUUGCAGCCCUAUGGGACUGCAAGCAAAAAAUCCACGAGUCAUGGGGCAUUGUAAAUACAGCAUAUAGCCGCACUUACUCGCGGCUAUGAGUAAUUUGUGGCUCAUUGAGUCGUCCCAUAGUCUUGAUGACUGAUGAAAGAAUGUUGUCCCACAAAAACGAGUGCAUUUCAAAAGCAAGCACAGUUUGGCACCAGGAUAACCUAUUGUUUAUUCCGAAAGCAAGGACUUAUUCUUACAUCUGACGAUACCUUUAGUAUCAGUAACCGAUUUGUAGAAAGCCGACAGUGUGGUGGCACCAUUACUAGCAUUGCUGUCCCAAAGCCUUGGGUCAUGGGUUCACUUCAUACUAGGGCCCACUCUGUGCAGAGUUUGUAUACUGUCUCUGUGUUUUUGUGGAUUUCCUCCCACAAUCUAAAACACACUGGUAAGUUAAUUAGCUUGUGAUAAAAUUGACCCAUAGUGUGAAAUAGGUAGAAAAUUUAGGGGCCCAUUUAUCAACGAGUGCUAAAACUCGUUGUGAAUGAUAUAACUUGUUGCGUAUUAUUAUUAUUAUUAUCCUUUAUUUAUAUGGCGCCACAAGAUAUCUGCAGCGCCCAUUACAGAGUACAUAAACAAAUAAACAAAACAGCACUUGCAGUAUAAGACAAUAGAAGACCAGUAUGGAAAACCAGGGGUUAGGUGCCAUCAAAGGGAGUAGGGACUAUAAGAUAGUGUAAGUAAGAGAAGGAAAGGCACAUGAGGGGAGAAGUCCCUGCUCUUGCGAGCUUACAAUCUAAAAGGUGAAGGGCUAACAAACUGGGGUGACACAGAAGGGGUAGACAGUGAGCAUAGACAAGAGGGUUAGGAGGAGAGUUGGCUGGGUUUGAUGAAGAAGUACGUCUUGAGAGCCCGAUUGAAGUUUUGAAGGGAGGUGGAGAGUCAGAUGGGGAGAGGUAGAGGUAUGAUAAAUACUGUGCCAGCCAAUCAGCUCCCAACUGUCAUUUUUCAAACACAUGACAGUUAUGAGCUGAUUGUCUGGAGCACCAUUUAUCAUUCACAACAAGUUUUUUCACUCGUUGAUAAAUGAGCCCCUUAGACUGUGAGCUAAACUAUGGCGGAGAUCGCUGUGAAUGGAUAGCUGUGUAACAUGAUUGCCAGGUUUAGUUUGUGUGUUUUUUAUACAAAUUGGUUGUGGAUUUCUAUAUGAAAUUGCGCACGAUGGAAGCCAGUGGAAUAAAAAUAUCAUGAAGAGUGUACUGUGAACAUGAAGCCAACAUUUUUAUAGGAAGACGCAGUUUGUUGAAAAUCUUCCUACAAGUUUCUUGGCAUCUUUUAAACUGGCUGUGAAAUUGAUUUGUGACUCGGAAUGCAGGAAGAUUCAUUUCUAGACGCACAUGGAGAAACCUAACUUAAUGUGACCGUGUCACUUUGGUCUCACAAUGCCAUUUUUUGUCUCUCCGGAUAUGGAUUCUGAUUGAAGAGAUGGUGAUGUUGCACGGUUAGAAUGCAAAAUAAAUUCCACUUAUGGUGAAAAAAACCUUUGUGGGACCCAAGAGACAUAUGUAAGACAUUAUUCUGAAGGUACAAGGUCAUCGUAUAAACCUACCCCAUCAUUAAUUGUAAGUGGGAUCUGCUAGGCACCUGUACUGUCCACACAUUUAUCUUAGGAUAAAGGAUAAAAUAAAUUGUCUAUUGCAAGUACUGUAAUUAAUAUAGAAAACCAAAUUAAAGUAUCUUCACAGAGGAAACUGAAUAAAUGUAUCUGUUUUGUACCUUCA